AUGGCUAGUUUACGUGACAAAUUGUUGGGUCUUGAAUAUGUUUCUAAGCCUCAAUUCUCUAAUGACUGCUCAUUUAAUCUGGAGAGUCGUUUCCGGACUAUUAUUUCCCCUGACGAGGAGAGAAUUGACAUUUGUCCUACUUUUGUAAAAAACUUUGAAAGCAUCAUCGAUUUCUCAAGGCCUGUGUCAAUAAGAAACAGUAACCAUCGACAAGCAGAUGCCUUACUUAAAUGUAGGAAAGGAGUAUGGUAUUUGACCGGUGGCUUCAAAGUUGCUAACAUAUUUGGAUUUAAGAAACCUACAAAUGUUUUUCUGGAUUUUCAGUUUAAGGACAAUCAGUUUGUUAUGAUCCAAAAAAGAGGUGGCAAAACAAGUCCUGUUGUUAAGUCUGUUGGUGAUAAAACACCGGUAAUAAUUUUAUCUUCGGAUGAGGAUGAUGAUGAUCAUGAAGAUGACGAUGAUGAUGAUGAGGAUGACGAUCAUGAUGAGGACGAUGAUGAUGAUGAUGAUAAUGAGGAUGAGGAUGACAAUGAGGAUGACGAUGAUGAUAUGCUACAAUUCUUACAUGUUAGCAAAAAUAAUUCAAUGUAUGCUGAUGAGGACGAUCUGCUUCGUCACUAUAACUUUGAUAUUAAGAUCACAGAGUCAAUGGCAUAUACCAAGCAAGUUUUGCAUUUUCCGAACAAAACAUCAAAACAUGUUCUUCCGGCAAAACAGGACAACAUUUUGAUGAGGGAUGUCAGCUCAGGAAGAGUGAUUAGCUGCACAAUCAUCACUUCAAGUCGCUACAAAAAUGAAAGAUAUCUUGGUGACGGUUGGUAUCAAUUCAAGGAUGAGUUCAAAUUGAAUCCUGGAGAUGUUUUGAAGUGCUCAAUUGAGAACCCGCCGCAAUACAUGAAUGUGAUGAUUAUCCGUGCAGCUUCACCAUAG